UUUCACUGUACUGCGGCAAGAAGAAAGCUGAGAAGCACUUACCGUAGCCAGGGCCUUUACCAGUGUUGGCAAUCGCUCGCUAUUAUUCAAGUGGAAAAAGCUACAAGAAUGUACAGAAUGCGAUGUCCAUCGUCCAAUUGGCUUUUCCUGGUUUUUGCGUUGCUUCUAUCCAUUGACGCUAUCCUAGCAAGGAAAUCUGAACAAAAUCUCCACCAUCACAUGACCAAGAGAGAAAUAGAGCAUUACUUUGGUGUCAAGGAUCAUACAAAAAUACCCGAAUACGAUAUCAGCUCACCACAUCAUACAGAUGUUAAUGGAAGGACUAUGUCUCCCUUUCUCAUCAAGGGAGAUGUGGGUCAUUCAGAUAUUUUACAUUACGACCUGCAUGCAUUUGGUUCCAAAUUACGGCUGCGAUUGAGGCGAAAUCGUAACCUCAUGGCACCGAACUUAGUUAUUGAGAGACAUCACGGAAAGGGUAUGGUAACGACUCAAUCUGCGCCUAAAAACAAAUACUACUUGGGACAAGUUUUGUCCGAUCCAGAUUCCUUGGUGGCCUUGCGAGGUGACACAAGCUUGAUGGGUAUGAUCAGGACUUCUCGAGAAACACUAUUUAUACAGCCGCUCUCGACACACUUGGCCAGGAGAGUGAGGAGAAAUGCAUACUCUACACCGCACUUGAUUUACAGAAUUCCAACACAAGAAGCGGUUUCCUGUGAAAUGCAGUCAACAGGAAAAGAUCGUAUCAAGAGAUCUAUACUUUAUAGGAAGACUCGUGAAGUAAACAAAAAUGGCUAUAAAUUUCUUGAAGGAGCGUUAAUUGUUCCUAAAAGCUACGAACAGAAGUAUGGAACAGAUAAAUUUGCCACAGUACUCCUCGCUAUUGCCAACAUGGUUGCUGGUAUGUAUCAAGAUCCCAGUAUAGGAAAAAUCAAGGUCUAUUACGUGGUUACCAAGAUUGUUGUUAUGGAGUCAACAGUAAAGCUGGCUAAUUUCUCUAAGAUCGACAGCAAUAGCAAAAAGCUGACUCAGAUGUUGAAAUGGGCGGGACCUUCAACACUGAAAAGUAUUAACGACCCGGAUCACUAUGACGUGUUCAGUUAUGUGUCAAAUGAAAUAAAAAGCGGAGGUCUCGCCAUAGCUAACCAGAUCUGUUCCAAGGCAGGCGCUGGGAAUGGUAACGUCAACGCUGAUGUUGGUCUUCAAACUGCACUUCACGUCGCACACGAGAUAGGUCACAACCUUUACCUUGAUCAUGAUGGCGAUGUAGGGUGUCCGCAGCAUCAAUACAUUAUGGACGCUGUUUUACCGAGUGGUAUCUAUGCAGCAACCUGGUCGAAUUGUUCCCGGAGGGUCCUUCAGGAAUUCUUGGGAGGCAGCAAGUCUUGGUGUUUAGAUAACACACCCCACGGCGAUCUUCCAACCCUUAAACCUGAGUAUCACGGCAAACUUCCUGGGGAAAUCUUCGAUGGGGAUGCUCAGUGUGUCAUGCAGUACGGCGCUGAUUACAUAUUGUCACCUCAUCAAAAGGGAGUAUGCGAUAAGUUAUAUUGCUUUAAUCCUAAAAGUGGAACGCAAUUGAGUCGACUUGCACCGAUAGCUGAUGGGGCACCCUGUGCAGAACGCAAGUGGUGCAUAAGCGGGAAAUGUGUAGACAAUGGCAAACCAAGGAUUCAUGGAGGUUGGAGCGCGUGGUCUCGUUACGACUCACCAUGUUCACGGCCAUGUAACGGCGGAGUCACGUUCAGAACUCGAACUUGUACAAAUCCUGUACCAUCUAAUGGCGGGGAAUCCUGCGUGGGAGAAAGCAAGGAAUGGAAAAUUUGUAACUCGCAGGCCUGUCAAGAAGGAGCAAAAACGUUUAGAGAGGAGCAGUGUUUAAGAAAGCAAUCUGGCUCAGUUCCCUACUUUGUUUCAAGUUCCCUUUGUGAAUUAUAUUGUCGUGUCGGAAGCCUUGUGAGUGGCAAAGGUACCGUAGAAGACGGAACGCGUUGCAAAGCAGACAAAAACACUUAUGAUGUGUGUAUCCAAGGAAAAUGCCGACCGGUUGGUUGUGAUCACGUUCUGGACUCCAACGCAAUGGUGGAUCGCUGUGGCAAAUGUGGCGGCAAUGGGGACCAAUGCUUCGUUAUUUCUGGAAGUUACACGGCCUCUCACACUGUAAAAGGUCUUGAAAAUGCAGAUGUCGUUCAAAGACUUCUCAUUGGUGCUUACGACGUUUCUUUCAAAAUGAGGCAGUCAUCACGUAAUUACCUCGGGGUUCAAGCAGACAAUGGAACAUAUUUAGUUGGCAACGUAAGUAAAAACGUGCAGGAAGUUUCUGUUGCUAACACAGUUAUCCAGUAUACCCGCAAGAAGUCAAAGUACAAAGUGAUACUCACGAUUCCAGGUCCUACAGAUCAGAUUCUUAAAGUAGUGUAUGUUUAUGUCCAAGGUGGAAAUCCAGGAAUAGACUUUGACUUUAAAAGGGUCGUGCAACCUUCCGACACACCGCCUGAGAAUAAAUUUGAAUGGGUGACAUACACGUGGUCCGCCUGUUCCACAACGUGUGGCCAAGGUGUUCGUACACGCUCAGCGAGAUGUAUUCGGUCAGAUGACAAAACACCCGCCAGCGAUGAAGCUUGUGGAGAGAAAAUUACAAGUGAAUCAUGCCAGGUCAAGGACUGUCCCUCGGAAUGGCACACCACUGAUUGGUCAACAUGCUCCAGAUCAUGUGGCAAUGGGUUGCAGACACGCGAUGUCAUCUGCCGUAAGAAGAUCAACCCUACAGAGUAUGGACCAAGCACAAACUGUCCUGCUGAUCAAAAACCCAGCAUUUCUGAGAAUGUUCGAUAUUGUAACAGCAUCGAUUGCUUGGCUGAUUGGGACACUCAAGAGGGGCUACUGAGAGACAAAUGCGGGGAGCCAAUUGAUCCAGCGACGCUCUCUUGUUACCGAUUGGAUCAGUUUGGCCAAAAAGCCAUGGUUCCGAAUCUUUUAUGUAGGUACAGAGCUAAGCCGACACGUCUCCCAUGUACAACUACAUCAUAUCGUUCACAAUCAUAUCGACAUCAAUAUGCAAUAUUUACCAGCGUAUUGGUUCCUGUGCUUCAGAUUUUGCAGGAGUAUUAUAAUUUGGGAUAGGUUGCAUUUACUGACGUCUGUCCUUGAAGGAACUUUGAUUUUAAAUUGUUAGAGGUCCCUUUUGUUACAUGUCAAAUGGCUCUCUCUCCUUGGGAGUGGGAAAGGAUGCUCUGUUACAUAUAUAAAUGAUUUCAAGUGUGACAGUACAAUCAAAUCAGCUUCUUCUUAGAGUUCAAUCAUUGCGAAUGUCCUUAAAUAUAUUUUAACAAAUUUGAAUGGAAACUUUACCUUGGGUGUCUACUAGCAUCUCAGCUAAAAUGAGAUGCACAGAAUAAAAAAUAAAAUAAUCCGUCAGCAGAAUUAAAUAAUCCGUCAGCAGUACCGUUUACUGGCAUAAAUCACGAUAUUUUGUAAAGAAAUCUAACAUGACACUCUUAUCUUGUUUAUUUAUCACAUUAUUAGCUGUUUCGAUGAUCAAGUUAUGCUCUACCACAUUUUAGCCAGAUUUAAUUUGCAGUUUGUAAAUCUUGCCCACAUUAUUAUAUUAGUCGCAUGACAAGCGUGACACAUAAAUUCAAAGACGAAUCAACCUCCGAAUUACCAAGAGAUGGGUUUUUUUCCCUCUUUUCAUAUCUGUAAAAACCUUCCAAGAACUACUGUAUUCAGAAAAGUAAAACGUUUAGAUCCAUAAAUGAUUCCUUUGCCGGCAAAAGUCAAAGAAUGUUUACAAAAGUCAAUUCGAUUGACAAGGCACAUACUGAUUUAGCUAAUUGAUCUGUUGUAUGAGCGUCUCAUCUUACAUGCUAACAAGGAGAUUUGCUGUUCAUUUAAAUCGUUCGCUGGUGGGUCUUUUGGGUAUAGUUAUCAAGAAGACCGACGUUGCAUAUCUCAGGUCGUUCCCUUACGUAGUUAUAAAAAAGAC